CUAACCCUACUGAUGAAACAUCAUUUUCUAUUCUGAGCGCCACAACGGCACGAAACACGAAAGAUCCAACCACCGAAACACACAGCAGAGUGCCAGUCAAACGACAAACCACAAAAUCCAAAGAGACCUCGCUGAAACGAUCGAAGAUACAACAGUCCACCAUGUCCUCCUCCUCGAACAAAAACAACAACGACGUGGGCGACAAGGAAUCCAAAGCCCGUCUCAAAAGCGAGCAAGACGACGACGAGGGCCCGGUCAAGAAAAAGGUCAAGCAAGACAAAAAUGACGCAUCGUCACCUGCCAGCAAGAAACAACAAUCCAGUCUCUUGAAUUUCUUCACUAGCAAGAACAGCAGCAGCAAGAAGUCUCCUUCCAAGGUGAUCAAACCAGAAGAUUCCGUCAAGGACAAGUCUUCUGACGCUGCUGCUCUCAAACCACCACCAGACGACGACUCCAAGAAAGAAGAAACAAACGCCAAUGACGCCACUGACAAGGACGCCACUGUCACAAAAAAGGAAGACGACUCGGACGUCCCCGAUCCGAUCAUUCCUCGUGAAAUCGCGCCGGAUCGCAAAGCGCAGUGGAGAGUGAUUCAGGAUUGCAUGUUGGUACGAUCCAUCAAAUCGGAAACCCCGCGAACCAAAGUGGCCGCCUUUGAUGUCGAUGGGACCUUGCUGGUCUGGCGCACGGCGGGAUGGCCGUCCAAAAUGGAACAUUACGAACUAUGGUCCUCUACAGUCCUACAAAAAUUGAGAGACUUGCACGACAAUCAAGGCUACAAACUGAUCCUAUUCUCCAAUCAAGGAGCCAUUCGAAGUGCGUUUACGGGAAAAAAGGCAACCUUUAUCAAAUCACUGUUCGAAUGGUUGGCCCAUGCCAUCAAUCGGCCGGUCCAAAUUGUUCUGAGUACCAACAAGAAAAAGGGAUUCCACAAACCUGCUCCCGGAAUGUGGCAAAUCAUGGAACAAUACUGCAACAAGGGAGUGGCCAUUUCCAAUGAAAAUCUACAGGAUUGCUUUUUUGUCGGCGAUUCCGUGGGUGACGAGGAUCCACAAGGGGGUGUCGAUGAGAAAUUUGCACACAAUGUGGGAGAGUCAAAAGGAGCCGCACUAAAGUUCUAUACACCCGACCAAUAUUUUGGACCCAGUGACAGUCACAAACGCAAACGACAGGGUGUCAUGGCAGACUUUGAUGCACCGCCCACGGCGGCUCUGAACGCUCGCAAAGCGCUCUUGGGAGGCUACUUGCAUGGGCCGAUGGUUCUUCUUUUGUGUGGCGUUCAGGGGAGUGGAAAAUCGACCUUUUGCCAACAAGUAGUAGCGCUGAAGAAAAACAAGAAGGAUGGAAGUGCUUCGUCCGACUCGGAAGAAGAGGAAAAUGAAACGAACGGCAAUGCUCCGUGGGUGCACUUUAGUCAGGAUACCAUCAGCAAAGGGAAACCAGGUAAUCGACAAGCGGUCGAAAAAGCGACACGAGAAGCUAUCCAACAAGGUUGUUCGGUGAUUGUGGAUCGGACGCAUCUGGAUGCUACUCAGCGAAAGCAUUUUGUCGACAUUGCCAAAGAAUUGAAGGUUCCAGUUCAUAUCCUUGUCUUGCAACCUCCCAAAGACACCAUCACCAAACGUGUGCGGGAACGAACCAAUCACCCAGGCAAAGUGCAAGGGGACAGUGGUGUACGCAUGGCGCUCAUGUCCAUGACCAAAUUGAAACUGCCAAACUACAAAGACGAAGGGUUUGAUCUAAUCACUAGUGGUGUCCAGCGGGACAGUCAAGUCAAGCAAUUGAGCACUCAGUACCGACAGGUCCGCCACAAGGGCAAAACAAUCAGUGACCAGGCAACAUUGCAGCGUCGUGCCAAACUGUCCUGUGGCAUUUCCAUGCCCACACUAGCUUUGGGCACCAUGAAAGUCGGUAAACGCAUCGGAACAGAGGUGGUCAAGGGAGCCCUGGAUGCAGGAUGGAGAGCUGUCGACACAGCUCCAACUUACAAUGACAAUGAAGAGGUCGUUGGCAAAGGACUUGCGGCGGCCAAUUCCAAGACAUUUGUGAUUGUCAAGGUUCCCAAGAGAGCUACACAACCAGAGCAAGUGCGACAGGAGCUAAAUGCAAGUCUGAAGAAACUUGGACUCCAAAAGGCUGGAUUGCUGAUGCUACACUGGCCCUGUGAUGUUAUUGAGGGAGGAACGCUGAAGAGUGUUUGGGAGGCCAUGGAAAAGUGUGUCGCUGAUGGCAAGUGUGAUGCACUGGGCGUGAGCAACUUUUCGGUGGAUGCUCUUCGGCAACUUUUGCCACAUUGCACGAUCCUUCCUUCGGUCAAUCAGGUGGAACGGCAUCCCUUGCUUCCGCAAACUGCAUUGCAUGAUUUCUGCAUCAACCAAGGCAUUGUACUGCAGGCGCAUACAACGCUAGGCCAAGGGAAACUCCUCUCCAAUGAGACGAUUAUGCAGGUUGCCAAACAGGCCAAACUUACUCCUGCCCAGUUGCUCGUGCAAUGGAAUGUGCGACAAGGGGUAGCUUGUGUUUGCAAGUGUGCCUCGAAUACCCACCAAGAAGAGCUGCUGCUACCAUUCCAUUCGGACAAAUCCCCUCUGACCAAAGAUCACAUGAAGGCAUUGGAUGAGAUCAAGGAGAAGAAACGGUUCAUCUCACCACCGUUCAUGAUGAUUCCAGGUGCAGUCUAUUCAUGGCGCGGAUAGCCAAGCCACGAGCCGUACCUGGUACCAAUGUGGUCUUCAGUAUUGCUGUUCGCGCCUCUGGAUCUGAGCCAACGCUAAGAUAGUCUUCUCUACAUAAUAGACCGAGCAAUUUUGACCGCC